AUGGAAACAUUCAGCUGUUACUAUUCAUUACUAUUAAUGCUUUCUGUGCUAAUCACCGAUGGUAAUUGUCAAGGAGCCGUUUAUACUAUGUCAAUGUCGCCUACUAUGAAUCAAGUUAUUGUAUCUCGUGUAAGUAUAAGUACUGGCCAAUUAAUGUAUGUGGCAUCUGUGAGUACGAAUGGUACGGGGGUUAAUGUGACUGCAGCAGAUCCACUGUUUUCUCAAGGUUCAAUAAUGGUUUAUGAAAAUUAUUUGUUUGUUGUUAAUCCCGGAUCUAAUACCCUUUCACAGUUUUCUAUCAGUCCAACCGAUGCUACACAAAUAACACUGAUAUCCGUUCAGCCAACCAAUGGUACAUAUCCAAUAUCUGUUGCCGUUAAUUCAAUGUAUGCAUGCGUAUUAAAUGGCGGAACUCUGAAUGGUUUUCGUUGUUUUUCCUAUACAUCAAAUGGUUUAACAACAAUGGCGUCCUACGAUCGUUCACUUGUUUUGUACGUUAACCAAACAACACCGCCUAUGGGACCACCAAAUACGUUAAGUCAAAUACAAUUUUCAGCUGAUAAUCAGGCACUCAUUGUUUCGGUCAAGGGUGUUCCGAAUGUGUUUAGCGGAUACAUCUUAAUUUAUACGAUCAAUAAUGGUAGUCUCUCAUUAAAUCCAAAAGAAACUGUUCCAACCGGUGCCGUGUUACCAUUUUCAAUGACACUUGUUGGCCAAAACGGUUUACUUCUGACAGAUCCCGGUGCCAAUGGAUUUUUAACUCUUUCAUAUUCGUCAUCGAAUGGUUCUGUCAUGAACAGUCUGUUUACACCUGUAAAUACAUCUGUUGCAGCCGCACUAUGUUGGUCAGUAUAUUCAUCGAAAACUGGAAAUUAUUACGGUAUUGCUGCUGGUACUGGAACGAUUGUUGAAAUAAGUAUUAAUCCAUCGACAAAUAACGUGACAAUUGUUCAAUAUUACAUGCUACCUAAUCAAACAGGUGCAUUGGAUACAACAAUAAUAACAUUAGGCUCAACAGAUUAUUUAUAUGUAAUAGGAACAAAGGCACAAGUAAUAAUAAGUUACAAAUUAAAUGGUCCAGGUAACGCAACAUUAAAUGGUCAAUUAACAUUACCAGCAUCACCACAAGUGGGAUCGCCAUUAGUUCAAGGAUUAGCAGGUUAUGUACAAAUGUCUCAUUCGAGUAUGAUUUUGAGACCAAUGGGUAUAUAUCAAUCAUUAGUUUUAAUAUUUAUGAUAUUCUUCAUGCAGUCAUUUAUGUUUCAUUAA